AUGUUCUCAUCAACACCACCCUCCUCGGCAUCACGUAGUCCUCCCGCUUCGAGCAUGUCGUGGGCGUCGCGCUUCCUGCUUGUGACGCUUUGCGUGGCAUCAACUGCGUUGGGCGCCGUCGUUCCGUCCGAGGAUACGCUGCCAGCACUUGCACCUGGUCAGCAGGGUUUGGGAGCGCCCUACAGGUCUGCCAUGGCAUCAGGAGAUGCGGACUUGAGGAAACGGCAAGAAGACGACGACGAAAGCACAACAACAAUACGACGAGCAACGCCAGCAACCACAACGGUGUCCGAGAGGACCACUGCUGCUAGUACUGCCCGUCUCUCCAUAACUCCACCAAGCUCCAGCACAGAAGUGCCCGCCGCGCUCCCGUCACCAUUCGACAGCAGCAUGGCCUCUACAUUCACCAACACUGACAACGCUGCCUGUCCAAAUUUCAUUAAUGCUCUCCUUUCUAAUUCCGACUUCAAGAAAUGUUAUCCCAUCUCUAUGCUGCUUUUGAGCUCUAAUGGAUUCUUCGAGGCGAGCAAGAGUCUUGUCAAAAUUGUCCGCGUCCUUGACGCCGGCUGUGAAGUCGACUUUGACUUUUGCAAGACACAUCUUGGCUCCUUGGCCGAGCAGCUCGUCAAAGACGAAAACUGUGGGCCCGAUUACAAAAAGGGACACGCCGUUGUUCGCGAUGCCUACCUGGGCCUCACGACCUACGAAACGGUCUACAAAGCGACAUGCCUACAGAGCAAAGACGACGCCAUGUACUGCUACGCUACCGCCACCACAUUCAGUGACGCUUCAAAUAUCUACCCAUACCACCUGCCAUUCAACCUGACAUUUCCCGGAAGUGCCACGCCCGAGUGCAGCUGGUGCUUGUCUGAGACGAUGGCGAUUUUCCACGCCCAGGCCGCCGAUCGCCGGAAACUCAUCUCCUUGACGUACCAGAGUGCUGCACGCCAGAUCAAUACUGUGUGUGGCCCUGAGUUUGUCAACGAGACUCUCCCGGAGGCGGUGACGGGCAGCUUAGCAGGUGUUUUCCUGCCACCCUGGGCUGUCGGCGUUGUUGCCCUAUCACUGGGUCUGAUACACAACUUGCUGUAA